AUUCGCUUUGGCAUGCCAUUUCUCCUUGAUCACCAGAUAUAGUACAUAAGCGCUUGGAAUAUGUCAGUGUAGCCAACUAGGGUCAAAACUGUACCAGAAUCACAAACUAUCAGCGCGAACGGCUUUGUGUAUUUGCAACCGCUCUUGCUGGCAUUCAAGGCGGGUGGUUAGCGCUAUUGGCGUUGGCGUCCCUGCUGCGAGCAUGGACCCUGUCGGGACAUGCCACAGCGCCGCGGCUUCUGAGGCCUGGGUCAGCGUAGUAUCUGAUGCCGCUGCAUCGGUUUCGAGUCUCUCGCUCGCCGGGGAGUCGCUCGCGGAUGCGCCGGCGAAGCACAGGCGACCCCCGCAGGAAGAGGAGCAGCAACAGCAGCAGCACCCCGACCAUUCCGCGACCUCGCGGCUGGACUCGCUGCCUUGCGAGCUGCUGGCCCGCAUCGCCGGUCUGCUGCCGCCCAACGAGGUGCCCUGCAGCCUGCGCCUGGUCUGCCACGCCCUGGCCGCCGCGCUGCGCACCCCCGCGCCCCCUGCCGCCGCCUCCUCCCGCGCCAGCCCCUCCACUUCCUCCUCCGCCCAAACAACAAGUGCCCCGUCAACAGCAGCAGCAGCAGCUUCCAAACCAACAGCAGUAGCAGUAGCAGCCGGCGGUUGGUGCUGCCCCUUCACCACCAUCCGCCUCAGCCAUCCCGUGCCGCCGCCCUACUUCGCCGCCUCCUGGGGCCCCGCCGCCCUGGCCGCCGGCGCCACCCGCGCCCUCACCCUGGCCCAGCGCCAGCGCCUGCUCUGCCUCACCGCCGCCACCGGCGUAGUGGCCAACCUCGAGAUCGCGGAGGCCGCCGCCGCGCUCACGCUCGAUGGCGCCGUCGCCGCCGCCGCCGCCAGCCGCAACCAAGUGGCCACGCUGCGAUGGCUCAAGGCGCGCGGCUGCGCAGGCUGCCCUGGAAGCAGAGCCAUGACGGCGGCGGCGGCGGCGGGCGCGGUGGAGGCGCUGGGCUGGAUGUGGGGCCCCAGCCGGCCGCUGGGCAAGGGGCUGCUGGCGGCGGCGGCGGCGGCCGGCAGCGAGGCGGCGUGCGAGUGGCUGCUGGACUGCAGCUGCCCCUGGAACGAGGAGUGCCCCGCCGCCGCCGCCCGGGCGGGUCACGGCGAGCUGGCGGCCUGGCUGGCAGAGCAGCAGCGCAGUGACGUGGACGAGCAGUCGCUGCUGGUGGGUGUGGCUGCGGGUCUGGGGCUGGCGGCCCUGCAGCGGCAGCACACCGACUACCUGGCGCGCCGCCCAGGCCGCGGCGGAGGCGGAGGAGGAGGAGGAGGAGGAGGAGGAGGAGGAGGAGGAGGAGGAGGAGGCGGAGGAGGAGGAGGAGGCGGAGGAGGUGGUGGUGGUGGUGGUGGUGGUGGUGGUGGUGGUGUGCAGCGGCCCACACAGGCCACCCGCUACCGCCUGCUUGCGGCCGCCGCCACCAGCCGCACGCCCGACUGGCGCGACAAGGUGGUGUGGCUGGAGGAGGAGUGCGGCUACGGGCGGCUGGAGGGGCUGCCGCCCACCGCCAUCAACUGGGAUGACGUGGCGGCGGCGCCGGACGCUCGCCAGCGGCUGACCUGGCUGGCGGCGAGGGGCGCACUCGGCGCCGCCGCCCGCCGCGCCGCCGCCGCCGCCGUCGACUCCGCCGCCGCCUCCGCCGCCGCCGGCGCCACUCCUUCUUCUGCAAGCUUCAGCACCGGCACCGGCAAUGGCAGUGGCACCAGCAAUGGCAGUAGCACCGGGACGGCGGCAGUAGCUGUGCCCGUGGAAAUGCCGCAUCCAGCGGCGCUGGUGGCGCUUCGCGCCUUCGCCGCCGCCGGUGACCUGGCAGCUCUUGAGCUGCUGGCGGGCGGGGCGCCGUACCUGUUGGCACGUGCCGUACUGCCGGCGGUACGGCACGGCAGGCUGGAGCUGCUGCAGCAGCUGCGCAGCAGGCACGGCGUGCUCCCCAUCGACCUGGGCGCGGCGGCGGCGGCGGCGCGCGGCGGCCACCUGCACGUGCUGCGCUGGAUGGCGCGUGAUGACGUGUGCGGCGCGUGCUGUGUGCGGAGCGCUGACGUGUUCGCCGCCGCUCUAGAGGGACCCGAGAUCAGCGUGGGCGCCUCGCUGUCGGGGCUGCAUGCGGCCGGCGGCGCUGGAGGCGACGGAGGAGGGGGAGGGGGAGGUGGUGGUGGCGGCGGAGGCUGGGACGCGGGAGGCGGGGAGGGGGCGGGGUUCGGAGACGAGGCUGGGGGCAUGGGUGGGUUUGGAGGGGUUGGGGGAGCAGGAGGGCUGGGCGAGCCUCGCAUGGGCGGGCAGGUGGGCGCAGUGGUUUGGUCCACAGCCGGGCCCGGCGGCGCGGCGGCCGCCGCCGGCGGAGCCGCGCCUGGCGGCGGCGGCGGCGCCGCCGCCGACCUUGCGGCGCUGGAUGGCGGGCGGCGGCUGGACCUGCUGACGUGGCUGUACGAUCAGGGCUGCAGCUGGGACGAGCGGGCGUUCCUGGCGGCGGCGGGGUCGGGCUGUGAGGCGCACCUGGACUGGCUGGUGGCGCGCGGCUGCCCCAUGGGGGACGAUGGCGAGCCCUGGCUGGCGGCCGCCCGCAACAGUGACUUCGCCACACUCCGGGCGCUGCUGAGGCUGAGGUGCCCCUGGGGCCCGCCCGCCGCACCCGGCGUCACCUUUGCCCGCGCAAUCGAGGAAGGUGACGACGACGACGAACACGACGAGGGGCUGCGCGUGGGCUGCGAGCUGCGCGUGCUGAGGUGGCUGGUGGCGGAGGGCUGCCCCGUGGAGUGGGGUGCGGCGAUGGCGGCGGCGCGGCGGCGGGCGGAGUGGGGGCGGCCGCACGACAGCGUGCUGGCCUGGAUGCGGCAGGCGCGCAAGGUGGCGGUGGCGGCGGCGCGGCUGGGGGGAGGUGGAGGCGGUGGUGGGGGAGGUGGGGCGGGAGGCGGUGGGGCGGGGAGUGCAGGAGGAGGCGGUGGGGCGGGAGGUGGUGGGGGUUGAGGCGCAGGUGGCGGUGGCACGGGCAUGAGUAGACGACUGGGCGGUUGCGGGGGCGUGUUUGGUUGACUACACAAUGGUGAAACUUACCUCGCCUUACGUUACGGUAGGCGCAUUGUUGCAAUUCGGCGUGCGUGUUCGGGCCGGGGCUUAAGGACGAGUAGGAGGCAGGUAGCUGAGGAGGCACUGUGAGGCUGGAGCUGUACACGCCAACCGCGACGAGUGACGCUCUUGUGCUUUGCGGUAAGGGACGGCACAAUGCAGCAAGGAGACGUAUGAGGGUUAUACCGUGGGGCGUGGGCUUUGGACAACGUGACCGCUAAAUCAGUGCACAGCACUAUGUAGCAAGGCGAAUCCUGGUUGUCUCCGAGACCUGAGUGCGCGAGGCACCAUCUGUAGACAUCACACU